GUAUGUGGUGUGCACGUCUCACAUUACAAUAAAAAUAUAUAACCUAUUCGGACUAUCGUGAACGAUCGCGGCGUUCUUUAUAUUUUAAAAAAAAAACAUAAAAUAAAUCCUCUGUAUAUCGUGUCAUAGGAUCGUUGCGUUGUUUGCAUUUAAAAAAGUAUUUAUAUAUAUAUAAUAAAAUGCAUGCAUUUAUUAUAUUAGCGUGUAUACACCUGAGCGUGUCGGAUAUGUUCAGCCAAAUAAAUCAUAUGGAAUUUUAUAAGAACAUAACCCGCCCUUCGAAAUCGUUCAGCAGUUUCUCUAACAACUACUUCAAUCAGUUACCCAAGGGUAAGGAGAAAGUGCAGUGCGGAACGCGGACGGUAGACUAUACCCUGCGGAGGGGUAAAAUUGUCGGAGGCUCUGAGGCGCCCUAUGGAGCAUUCCCCUGGCAAGUUGAGAUACAGAUGCUGGAUACAGAUAAAUUGACGUUCGAACAUCACUGUGGUGGCGCUGUGAUCGCUGAGCGACUAGUCGUUUCCGCCGCUCAUUGUUUUGAUAAGCAACCCUUGCACCUCGACCACAUUAGGAUUCUGGUCGGAGAGCACAGACUGAAGAUGCAAGACAAGCAUGAGAACAGAUUCCUGGCGGAGAAGGUGGUUCCUCACCCGGAGUUCAGAAAGAACGGGCCUCAUAGCAACGACAUAGCCGUUGUGCUGGUGUCUAAAUCUGGUGUUCAGUUCAAUUCCCAUGUUAGACCGAUCUGUCUCCCCGAUAAGGUCGAAGCGAACGGCAGGUGGUGUGCUGUCAGUGGUUGGGGCUACCAGGAUGAGAGUACGGAGAAUUUCUCUCCAGUGCUGAGGGCUGCAGCGGUUCCAGUUUUAGAUUUGGCGACCUGCCGCAGAGACAAAGUUCUGGGCAGCUGCAAGCAGACUAUAUUGGACUCUAUGAUAUGCGCUGGUGCACUGUCGGGGGGUGUGGAUGCUUGUAAAGGGGAUUCUGGAGGACCGCUGGCAUGUCUCGGCCAUCGCUGGCAGUUAACUGGCGUGGUCUCUUGGGGCGCGGGCUGCGGUCGACGAGCACGGCCGGGUGUCUACACGAGAGUAGCUUCCUAUGUAGACUGGUUAAGACACACGGCCGCCCAGAUGGGGCAGAGAAUAGCCUAGGAAUAUACGAUGUAUAAAGGCCUCACAAUCUACAGGAUGAUGUAGUAUUUUAUUUGUAACUAUCAGUAUUUUAACAUAAGUUGCAUCGUCAUAUAUACGUAGGUUACUGUUUCAUUGGUAAAUGAACACACGAUAGGACGUUGGUAUUCACGUAACUAUGUCGGUUUUGACUGACCGGAAACGCUACGUAUCAAGUUAUAAGUUGCGAACUUGUAUUAAGGGUAUGGUGUCGUAGAAGUGAAGGAAUCAAACAUAUUAGUUACCAUUAAGUUAACCAUUGAUACUGUCAAAAAAAAAUCAUUUCACUGAGUGACGUCACGAAGACUUAUGACGUCACGCCAUUUAUACCCGUGUCCAUUAUACGCUAGUGUUAAUUUUAACGCCAAAGAUUUUUUGUUAUAAUAACAAUUGUUGUACGAGUUUAGUUUUUUUGUAUUAUUUAUUAUAUUAAAUAAGAUAAUAUACAUUAACGGAUUUUCGUUUGUAACUGUUUCUCUAAUAUUAAAUUAAUUAUAUAUAUAUUUUAAUUUAUUUGUC